AUGUGUGACAAGCUCUUCCUCAAAGACCACAAACUUUCAUGCCUCUCCAAUGCUCGCCUACUUUCCAUCACCAAAUUGACUUCCGAGCAAAACUCCGAUCAUGAAAAAAUCAUCAAAUCCUUGCAAAAUAAUUUUUCUAUUCAACAGAACAAAUCUUUAGCAUCGGAAAGAGUUGAUUUUUACAAGAUUAAUUUGGAUAAGACUAUUUUUCAUCCGCAGGGAGGUGGACAACCAAGUGAUGAAGGAGUUUUACUGAUUAACUCGUUGGGUGGAAGAGAAAUGGUAAAGUUUUGUGUAAAGUUUGUCAAGUUGGCUGGAGAUUUGAUUCAGGUGGAUCAUUUUGGAUGGUUUGAAGGGAUUGAAUUGAGUGAAAGUGAAAUUAUUCAAAUGAAUGAUGGAAAUGCAUCUGUUGAAUGUCGUAUUGAUAUGGAAAAGAGAAAUAUCUAUACAAAAAUUCACAGUGCUGGACAUGUUUUGGAUUUGGCUAUUGCCAUGUGUGGAUAUAAAUGGAAACCUGGAAGAGGAUAUCACUUUGUUGAUUCUCCAUAUUGUGAAUAUUUCCAUUGUAAUCAAAUUCCUGAAUCUAUUCCAAAAUUUGUGGAACAAGUCAAUCAAAAAAUUACUGAACUGUUGCAAGAUGAAAGUGAAAAUUCAACAGUUGUAAAAUCAUUCAUUCCAUACUAUUCGAAUAUAGAGGAGAAUAAUCUUAUUGUAAAUAAUCAACUCUCUGAAAAGUUUGAACAUGAAAUUCCUACCUAUUUACCACCAGGUCAGGAUGUUCGUUUUGUAAAGUAUGGAAAUGUGGAGUGUGCUUGUUCUGGCACCCAUGUAGAUCAAUUCUCAGAGAUUGGAAAUUUUCAAAUGAGCAAGGCAAAAAAGCAAGGUCAAACUAUUAGAAUUUCGUAUAAUCUUGUUUCUUCCAAAUAA